AUGCAAGCAGUGGUCAAUAAUACUGGUGGUCUAUUCUUCCUGGACGCACCUAGAGGAACAGGGAAAACAUUUGUCAUUUCAUUGAUUUUGGCCACUAUUCAAUCAAGAUGUGACAUAGCUUUGGCGUUAGCAUCAUCUGGAAUUGCGGCGCUUAAGUUGCCACUCAAUUCAAACACAAUUGAUACUCCAACAUGCAAUAUUUCCCGAUCUAGUGCAAUAGGAAAAUUGUUGAUGCAAUGCAAGCUCAUUGUUUGGGAUGAGUGCACAAUGGCACAUAAGAAAUCACUUGAAGCCCUUAACUUCACACUGAAGGAUCUUCGGCGAAAUAACAACAUCUUCGGCGGUUUGAUGAUAUUGUUGGCAGGCGAUUUCAGGCAGACGUUGCCAGUAAUUCCCCGUGUAACGCCUGCAUAUGAAUUGAAUGCUUGCCUGAAGGCAUCACCUUUAUGGAAUAACGUAAAAACAUUAUCGCUAACCACUAAUAUGAGAGUUGAACUUCAAAAUGAUCAAAACUCUCAAUUAGCUCUUAUUAAAAAUGUUUUCCCAAACAUUAGUAAGAAUUAUCAGAAUUAUGCUUGGUUAAGUCAACGAGCAAUUCUUGCCGCAAAGAAAAAUGAUGUACACGCACUGAAUUUCACCAUUCAAUCAAAAAUUGCUGGCGAUUUGGUGACAUACAAAUCCGUUGAUUCCAUAACAAAUCCCGAUGAUGUAGUAAAUUAUCCAACGGAGUUUUUGAACUCUCUGAAGUUACCAGGAUUUCCACCACAUAACUUGCAACUCAAAAUUUUUAUCGACAAUGAGUGGCAUACAUCAAAGUCUGGCAAAAAAUUUGAAACUAUAAAUCCAGCGACAGAAGAAGUUAUUGCUUGUGUUCAGCAUGGUGCGGCUGCAGACAUAAAUAUCGCUGUAGAAUCUGCAAGAAAGGCUUUUAAGUUUGGUUCAUCCUGGAGAACUAUGGAUGCAUCUAAAAGAGGAUUUCUCUUAAACAGACUAGCCGAUCUAAUGGAACGUGAUCGUCAAUACAUUGCUUCCCUUGAAACGUUGGAUAAUGGUAAACCAUAUUCAGCAUCUUAUAAUUUUGAUAUAUCGUCAAGCAUAUCAACAAUGAGGUACUUCGCAGGCCUGGCUGACAAAAAUCAUGGAAAAGUUAUUCCUAUGGAUGGUAAAUUUCUUGCUUACACCAGGCAUGAGCCAGUUGGUGUCUGUGGACAAAUCAUACCAUGGAAUUUUCCAUUUCUAAUGGCAGCAUGGAAACUGGCCCCUGCUCUUGCUACAGGCAACUGUAUUGUUCUCAAACCAGCAGAACAAACACCACUUUCUGCCUUAUACUUAGCACAACUAACAAAAGAGGCAGGAUUUCCCUCUGGCGUAGUCAAUGUUGUCCCAGGUUAUGGUGAUGCAGGUGCUUCUCUAGUGUAUCACCGUAACGUUGAUAAAAUUGCUUUCACUGGCUCUACAGAAAUUGGACAAUUGGUGCAAGAAGGAGCUGCUAAGACUAACUUAAAAAGAACAACGUUAGAAUUAGGAGGAAAAUCUCCAAACAUUAUCUUUAAAGACGCUGAUUUGGAUCAUGCUGUUGAAACUGCCCAUUUUGGUUUAUUUUUUAACAUGGGACAAUGCUGUUGUGCUGGUUCUCGAACAUACGUUGAAAGCUCAAUUUACGAUGAGUUCGUUGAAAAAAGUGCUGCUAGAGCUAAAGCCAGGAUAGUUGGAAAUCCUUUUGAUUUGAAUGUAGAACACGGUCCUCAAGUAGACGAAGAACAAAUGAAGAAAAUAUUAAAAAUGAUUGAUUGUGGAAAGUCUGAAGGUGCCAAAUUGGUGGAAGGGGGAGGUAAAAUUGGUGAAAAAGGAUAUUUUAUUUCUCCCACAGUGUUUUCCAAUGUGACAGAUAAUAUGACUAUUGCAACCAAAGAAAUCUUUGGACCAGUGCAACAAAUUUUAAAAUUUGAUAAGAUUCAUGAAGUUAUCGAACGAGCAAAUAAAACAGAUUAUGGAUUAGCUGCUGCUAUUUUUACAAAAGACAUAGAUAAAGCUAAUUACAUUACACAAGGAUUACGAGCUGGAACAGUAUGGAUAAACACUUAUAAUGCUCUAGCCCCUCAGGUGCCAUUUGGUGGAUACAAAAUGUCUGGCCAUGGUAGAGAACUCGGAGCAUAUGGUUUAGAAGCCUAUACAGAAGUUAAGAGCGUUAUUACUAGAGUGCCUGAAAAAAAUAGUUAAUUUCACCAGUCAAAUAAGUGAUAGGUUAUACGCAUAAAAGUAUGUUUCAGUAUCUGUUUUGACCCGAAUAAAAAUUUUCUUAGCAAG